GUAAAGUUGGUAUUUUGUACUGGAUCCAUUUUGAGACAAAUGAGCAGAAAACACUAUAUGCAGAGAAGUACAAAAUAAAGGGUCAGUGCUCUGAAAUGAGUCUCUCUGGGGAGAGAGAGGAGGGGGACCCUGCCUCUGAAAUGAGUCUCUCUGAGGAGAGAGAGGAGGGGGACCCUGCCUCUGAAAUGAGUCACUCUGAGGAACAUGACACCAAAGCUAAGAGCCCAAUCAAGCGCAAGAGACCAGCCUCCCUUGCACCCAGCUGUGUGUCCAUGAAGAGUGACCGGUCUAUGUUUCCUCCUAUAACGUUUAGAGAGGGAGACUUUUCUACUGAACAAAGGGGUCCGUGUUCUAAAAUGAGUAUCUCUGGAGAGAGGGAGGAGGGGGGCCCUGUCUCUAAAAUGAGUCUCUCUGGAGAGAGAGAGGGGGGCCCUGUCUCUAAAAUGAGUCUCUCUGGGGAACAUGAGAUCAAAGUUAAGAGUCCAAUCAAGCAGGAGAGACCAGCCUCCCUUGCACCCAGCUGUGUGUCCAUGAAGAGUGACCGGUCUAUGUUUCCUCCUAUAACGUUUAGAGAGGGAGACUUUUCUACUGAACAAAGUUACCAACAGGAGAGAUCAGAGUCAGAGAUUCUCAGUGGUCAAUCUUCCCAGAGUCAUCAAACAGACCUGGCCUCCAUAUUCAGUUUGCUUGAAGAGAAUAUUAUGACAUUUGUGAAGAACGAGCUGAAGAUGUUCAAGAGGAUUCUUAGUCCAGAACUCCCAGAAGGCUUUGAGUUUCAGAAGCAGGAUAUGGAAAUGGUGGAUGCUGAAGAUGAGCAGCAGGAGAGCAGUGCCAGAGAGGGGGCUCUGAAGAUCACACUGCACAUCCUGAGGAAAAUGAACCAGAAGGAGCUUGCUGACACACUGGAGAAAAAUUCAGUAGAGCUUGAUGUGAUUUGCCAACGUCAACUCAAAUCUAAUCUAAAGAAGAAAUUUCAAUGUAUAUUUGAGGGGAUCGCUAAACAAGGAAACCCAACACUUCUCAAUAAGAUCUACACAGAGCUCUACAUCACAGAGGGUGGAACAGGAGAGGUCAAUAAUGAACAUGAGCUGAGACAGAUUGAGACAACAACCAGGAAACAAGCAAUACCAGAGAGAGGAAUCAAAUGUAACGACAUCUUCAAACCCUUAACUGGACAAGACAAACCGAUCAGAACUGUGCUGACAAAGGGAGUCGCUGGCAUUGGAAAAACAGUCUCUGUGCAGAAGUUCAUUCUGGACUGGGCUGAAGGAAAAGCAAAUCAGGAUGUCCAAUUUGUAUUUUCAUUCCCUUUUCGGGAGCUGAAUUUGAUGAAAGGGGAAAAACACACUUUGAUUGAUCUUCUCAAUCACUUCUCAAUGGAAACCAAAGAAUCAAGAAUCUCCAACUACGACAAGUACAAAGUUCUGUUCAUCUUUGAUGGUCUGGAUGAGUGCCGACUGCCCCUAGACUUCCAGAAGAACAAGAUCUGUUGUGACGUCACAAAGUCAACCUCAGUGGACGUUCUGCUGACAAAUCUCAUCAAGGGAAAUCUGCUUCCCUCUGCUCUCCUCUGGAUAACUACCCGACCUGCAGCAGCCAAUAAGAUCCCUUCAGGGUGUGUUGACCAGGUGACAGAGGUACGAGGGUUCAAUGACCCACAGAAGGAGGAGUACUUCAGGAAGAGAUUCAGGGAUAAGGACCUGGCCAGCAGAAUCAUCUCACACAUAAAGACAUCAAGGAGCCUCCACAUCAUGUGCCACAUUCCAGUCUUCUGUUGGAUUUCUGCAACAGUCCUUGAACACAUGCUGAAACAGAAGAGAGAAGAGAUGCCCAAGACUCUGACUGAGAUGUACACACACCUUGUGGUGUUUCAUACCAAAUGGAAGAAUGAAAAAUAUCUUGGGAAAGAAGAGGCAGGUCCUGACUGGAGUAAAGAGAGCAUUCUGUCACUGGGAAAGCUGGCUUUUCAACAGCUUCUGAAUCACAAUCUGAUUUUCUAUGAAGAAGACCUGAAAGAGGCUGGCAUUGAUGUCAAUGAAGCCUCAGUGUACUCAGGAUUGUGCACACAGCUCUUUAAAGAGGAAUGUGGGCUGUACCAGGACAAGGUGUACUGCUUUGUGCAUCUGAGCAUUCAGGAGUUUCUGGCUGCUGUAUAUGUGUUCCUCUCAUUCAUCAACAACAAUGAGAAUCUAAUGGCCAAACCGCAAUCAACUUCCAGUAACUUUACUGCACUGUUCAGAGACAAGCCUGAAGUUGCUUUCUACAAGAGUGCUGUGGAUAAAGCCUUACAAAGUGAGACAGGAAACCUGGACCUUUUCCUUCGCUUCCUUCUGGGCCUCUCACUGGAGUCCAAUCACAAGCACUUACGAGGUCUACUGACAAAGACAAGAAGCAGCUCACAGAGCCAUGAAGAAACAGUCAAGUACAUCAAGGAGAAGAUCAGGGAGAAUCCCUCUCCAGAGAGGUGCAUCAAUCUGUUCCACUGUCUGAAUGAACUGAAUGACCAUUCUCUAGUGGAGGAGAUUCAAAGCUACCUGAGAUCAGGAAGUGUCUCAAAAGCCAAACUGUCACCUGCACAGUGGUCAGCUCUGGUCUUUGUGUUGCUGACAUCAGAGAAGGAGGUGGAUGUGUUUGACCUGAAGAAAUACUCCAGAUCAGAGGAAGGUCUUCUGAGGCUGCUGCCAGUGAUCAAAGCUUCCAGAGCUGCUCUGCUGUCAGGCUGUGGAGUCACAGAGGAAGGUUGUGCUUCUCUGGUCUCAGCUCUGGAGUCAAACCCCUCACACCUGAGAGAGCUGGAUCUGAGUAACAAUGACCUGAAGGAUUCAGGAGUGAAGCUUCUCUCUGCUGGACUUAGGAAUCCCCACUGUAAACUGGAGACUCUGAGGCUGUCAGGCUGUGGAGUCACAGAGGAAGGUUGUACUUCUCUGGUCUCAGCUCUGAGGUCAAACCCCUCACACCUGAGAGAGCUGGAUCUGAGUAACAAUGACCUGAACAAUUCAGGAGUGAACCUGCUCUCUGAUGGACUAGGGAAUCCCCACUGUCAACUGGAGACUCUGAGGCUGUCAUUCUGUCUAGUCACAGAGGAAGGCUGUGCUUCUCUGGUCUCAGCUCUGAAGUCAAACCCCUCACACCUGAGAGAGCUGGAUCUGAGCUACAAUCACCCAGGAGACUCAGGAGUCAGACUGCUCUCUGCUGGACUGGAGGAUCCACACUGCAGACUGGAGAAACUCAAUGUGGAAUAUGGUGGAGAGUACACAAUGAAACCUGGGCUUAGAAAAUAUGCCUGUGAUCUCACACUGGACCCAAACACAGUAAACAUACACCUCUCUCUGUCUGAGGAAAACACAAAGGUGACAUGGAGGAGGGAGAGGCAGCCGUAUCCUGAUCACCUAGAGAGAUUUGAGGACUGUGGACAGGUGCUGUGUAGAGAGGGUCUGACUGGGCGCUGUUACUGGGAGGUAGAGUGGAGUGGGAGUGUGGCAAUUAUAGGAGUGACAUAUAAAGGAAUCAGCAGGAGAGGAGGGGGUAUGGACUGUCUGAUUGGAUGGAAUGACAAGUCCUGGAGUCUGUUCUGCUCUUACAAUAGUUACAAAGCCUAUCACAAUAAUAAUCCCACUACCAUAGACGUCCCCCCCUCCAGCCCCCACAGAGUAGGAGUGUAUCUGGACUGGCCAGCCGGCACUCUGUCCUUCUACAGAGUCUCCUCUGACUCACUGACCCACCUGUACACAUUCCACACUACAUUCACUGAGACCCUCUAUCCAGGAUUUAGGGUUUGGUUUGAAGACUCCUCAGUGUCCCUGUGUCAAACACAACAUGAUGUUUCACUCUAAUCCUGGUCAUGUUCAGUAAGACACAAUGGAGCAACAAUGUAGAAUAUCUCUCUAGUGUGUAAACAUACGAUUGUAAAUAUUCAUGAAUACACACUAUUGAAGUUGACAGACAUUGUCAACUAGAUUCUUUCAUUAAUAGAAUGAAUCACCACACUGUCUGGUAAAAACUGUUUUCAUUUAGAAAUCACUGAUCUUGUUGUUAUUGGUCUUCUUGGUGUUUGUAAAUAUUGUUGUCUGUAAAAAGUUAAUAUGUUAAAUUCUUGACACAACAAUCAUGUUUCUGUAUAAACUCAAUUCCACUGAAUGAAAUGUACAUGUGACAGAUGUGACUAAUAAAGGUUAAUCAACCUGAUGAAAGAAGAGAGGUGGAAAUGUUUUAUUAUUGAUCAGAAUAUGACAGUACAGUAAAUGGACUACAGUAAUAGGGGUUGUGUUCAGUACAUAGAAAUGGGUCUUAUUCAGAUGAAA